UUAAUACGAGCUAACGAGCUGCUGGAGCCUCGCAUGCUAGCGAAGUGUUAGCUUGAAAUGUCUCCUCCACGUUUAGAAAGUUGGCUUUUGAACGUGUUUAGGAUAUCUUGUGUCAUAUGUGUGGCGUGUUAGAGAGUCACAUGGAGGAUUUGUCUUAAGUCAGAGAGUGGAGGUAUAAACUCUGCAACCUGCAGUAAUCAGCGGCUAAAGGUUAGCUCAGGUUAGCUAGCUAACGGGCACAACAAGAGAUUAACUUUAUGUCUGUAAGCGAAUGUUAAUUACUCCACUUAGCAUGUUAAGCUACAUUUAGAGAGUAAAAGUCCACAUACUAAUGCUGUUUGUGUAGAGUUAGUUUUUUUAAGCUAAUAGACACGACCGUCCUCCUCUGACAUGAAUAUUAGACUCUGGAAACCUGAUGGAAACAGGUGACAUGUAGGAAGGGCUGGAUGUUAAUUAAGGUGAGCUAAUGUGAAUUACAAGCAAGUCGAUGCCAAAGCUGCUGCCUCGAAACGAUAAGAGAAGUCCUCUUACUCUCAUUUAUAUAUUGUGGAUAAAAGCCUGAUCAACACAUGGGUGACAUGAGCAACAGAUCAGACAGGCUGCUGAUGGUGUUUGGGAAGCAAAUGGGGCUGUUUGACAAGUUGGCAGGAUGGCUGGGGUUGAAGAAGAGUGUGAAUGUGCUGUGUCUUGGUCUGGAUAACAGUGGGAAAACUACAAUCAUCAACCAACUCAAGCCUUCAAAUGCCCAGGCACAAGACAUUGUGCCAACUAUUGGCUUCAGCAUAGAGAAGUUUAAGACAUCCAGUCUUUCCUUCACAGUGUUUGAUAUGUCCGGUCAAGGCAGAUACCGAAACCUUUGGGAGCACUAUUACAAGGAAGGCCAGGCUAUCAUAUUUGUCAUUGACAGUGCAGACAAGCUGAGGAUGGUUGUUGCCAAAGAAGAGCUGGAUACGUUACUAAAUCAUCCUGAUAUCAAACACAGGAGGAUCCCCAUCCUGUUCUUUGCCAACAAGAUGGAUGUCAGAGACGCUUUGUCUUCGGUCAAAGUGUCACAGCUGCUUUGUUUGGAGAACAUCAAAGACAAACCCUGGCACAUCUGUGCCACAGACGCUCUGAAAGGGGAAGGUUUACAAGAAGGAGUCGACUGGUUACAAGAUCAAAUAAAGACGAUGAGAACGUGAGGGCAUGAGGAGGAACACGUCAGAGUUAGCAGCAGCAUCUUAAAGAGCGUUUCAUGAAACACAGACUGACCCUUCUUCCAGAGGUACCACAGAGAUAGAGAUGUUUUUAAUGCCACGUUUGGACGGUGAAGGGUAGUUCACUAAGAACACGAGGGCAUGGUUUCACUCUUCUCUCUCAUUUUACUCCUUACACUUCUCAAUAUGUAUGUGCAACAGGUGCUGACUUCAUUUUGGGGAGCAUGAACUGCUAGAGAAUGUUAAAAGUACAUAAUGUGGGGUGGCAUGUUACUCUACAUGUUUAAGCUCAAACAAUCGCAACAUGUGAGAGUCUCAAGGUCUUUGCCUGCCUCCCUUUGUCCCACAGAUAUCAACAUCAAUCAUGUUUUGGCUGUUUGUGCUGUGGUCAUGUUAAUCUCCACUCCAGCCUCAACACAGAGGAUAAAAACCUGCAAUUUUAUGGCAACACUGCGACAACUCGGUGUAAUAUAACUGGCUUUCGUUGACAAAUUCUCUCCCUCUCUUCACUUCGAAUGCAGACAUCUAUCUCUGGAAGUUUUGGCAGCAAUUUAAAGUGGGAAAAAAAAUCUGCUUCUAAUAGAUAAAUACAAACAGAAGAAUGAAAUCAUCUGAGGAAUCAGAUCUGAACCAGCACACCAAUUCAGUCAGCAAUCAUAAACUCCCACAGAUUGAAUACUUUGUGAUUCGAUAAAUGCCAAAGUUUUGAUGCAUCCCAAUGAACACACCACCUUUCUUAGACUUGCGCACAUUUUGCUGUCAUAUUUAAAAAAGACACUAUAUUCCAACCAGCUUGUGCUUCAUCACGCUCCGCUCACAUGGGAUAAAUAGAUAGCGCUCUUUUUUAAUUGGCUGCUGAAGUAUUAUUAAACAGUUCUGUCGCUUCUUGAAUCCAGUAUGUUUUUUUUUUGUAGUAGAUUAAACUUGUGACUCGGUGAACACGGCUCGCCUCGCUCUGAAACCUGAUGAAACGAUUGUGAUAAAGGGAAGUCUGACUGUGUUCUUAUGUUUUGCCUUAUUUCGUUGCUCAAAGACAAAAAAAAAGUGUAAUCAAACGCGAGGCUUUUUACGAUUCAUUCACCGUGCUUCAGCGAUUCAAAGGCAAACAGUGAAUAAAAAAAGGUCUACUCAGACGGCACAAAGUUUUUAAUGCAAGCCUUUGAUCCCCUUCUCCUGCUCUCUGACUGAAAGCUUGCAUUAAAAACCCUGUCCUGGAUGGAGGAGAGAUUGUGGACACUUUUUAGCUUUGUCAAGCAACAUCACCUGAAACAAGCUGGAGAGCAUAUCAGAGGUAUUUGAAAUGAUGAAAUGUACUAUCAGAUGUUUAAAGUGAUUGUAUUUUUCUAUCAUGCUUUAUCGUAUCAUGAAUGUGUCAUCUGUAAAAAACAUCUCUUUAAGCAUUCCAUGAACCACAGAAUAAUUUAUCAGACAUUAAGAUGAGCAUGUAUCUUUUACCCCUUUUCCACCGAGGCAGUUUCAGGGCCGAUUCGGAGCCGGUGCUCAAUUGAGAACCAGUUUUUUGUGUUUCGACUGCGAAAGAACCAGCUCCUGGCCGCCAGGUUCCAGAGCAGCACCAACUCUUUACAGAAUCAGAAUCAGAAUCAGAAUCAGAACUUACUGGUCUAGAACCGCAAAACCGCGAUCCGCAAUCCGCUUAUGUUAGGGGUGAGAGGUGAAGGCAAGGGUUGCCAUGACCAAAAAGACAGACCAAGUAGGGAUGGGCAUUUCAAGCCAAAAUACUAUUUGAUAAUCAUUGGCAUCUAUUCGACAGUUAUUCAAAUAAUAAUCCCCCCCCCCACACACACACACACCUGUCACAUUAACAGCCUAUUUGUGAAUGUCGUUAAUGUUUUCUUCUUCUUUUGCUAUUUAAUGCAGUUAGCAUUCAUCUUCUGUUAUUUAUUGCGGUUAGCAUUCUUCUUCUUCUGUUAUUUAUUGCGGUUAGCAUUCUUCUUCUGUUAUUUAUUGCGGUUAGCAUUCUUCUUCUUCUGUUAUUUAUUGCGGUUAGCAAACAGCCUUAAGACGCUCUAUAGCCACUUUCUAGUGGGAAUACCGUAUUACAACCAGGCACCACUAAAAACGAUUGAAAAAUUGUACUUUCAAAAUGAGAAAAUAUUCGAAGUAACUUUUAAAUUUUUACAAAGCGAACAAAUAUGCGAAUAUUCGAAAAUCAUUGCCCAUCCCUAAAACCAAUGCGAGUUUCCGCCAUUUUCCUGCGGCGGAAAAAUAACAAUGACUAAGCUAAUGGAUUCCAAGGUCGAGGAAACAAGCUGCCUUCUUUCGGUUUGGUCCUCCCAGGAGGUCCAAAACAAGCUGGAGCGCCAUCGUUGUUAUUGCGAGGGAAAGUUCACACCAGCGCUGUUGGAAAAAUCGGUCACAUAGAAGUGACAUCAUGACGUGGCUCUUCCACGAGCUCGAGCGGGCGGAAAAACAAACUGGUGCCGAGUUGGUUCCUAAGUUGAACCAGCGCUGAACCAGAGCGAGCACCAGCCUGGAACUAGAACUGGGUUUGCGUCAGUUGAAAAGGGGUAUUUGAGAAGGGUUUGUUUAUCGUGUAAGAUAACUGUAGAGUGUGUUACUGAGUGUGUGAGAGGAUAGAGGAAAACAGUCCUACUUGUGUUUGUGUUAAUAAAUGAAGAAGAAAUAAAGUUAUAUUUUUUUGGCCAGACUUAAAACCACGACAGUCAUAUUAUUAUUAUUUUCUUAAAUAGUGUCUAGAUGAAAGUUCUGCUUUUGUUGCGAUCAGGGGCUUGUACAAUUAUCUCUCUGUAAGUGGUGUAUCAUUGUACUGUAGUGAUUCCUUGGACAGGAGACGUUUCAGUGAAAAGUGCUGAGUCACUUUUAGGCCACUCAAACCAGCCUCCUCACCAACGUUGUCAUUUUUUUAUACAAACUGAGGGAUGCCCUGAUCCAACAGACUCUCAUCCUACUCAUCGUUUCUUUAAGGGUACAGCAGUGAUGUGUCCGUUUCGUUCUGGAGGACGUUUCAGAGGUGAUUUAACGGGAGUCGUUUCAACUCUGCUACCCUCCAGACAACUUGCGUCAUAUUUUUAAAACAAAGAGUUGUGAGUUUAGGUUUUAUAUCCUCCCGUCAACAAGGAUUGUUUGAGCACAGGUUCACUUUAGUAUCAGUGUAGUUUUAGUGUCUUACUUUAAGCUGUAUGUUGUUUAAUACAUUGUAUGUGUUCAUUUUCAAAGAAUAAAUACUGUGGAAAAUGAA